AUGAUGCGCCUCCGUGUGUCAUCUUUGCAGCGCUCAGGGCAGAAGCGUCAGGACGGCGAGCGCCUGCUUCUCCCCCAUGAGGCCGUGUAUCGUUUGGACUUCCCUACCCAGGAGCUCAACUUCUCUCGCUGGCACUUCUCCCUCACUGCCCACGGCCGUGUCACCAUCACCGGUAUUUGUCAACACUGGACCCCUGACCUCACCCACCUGAUGACCCGGCAGCUGCUAGAACCCAUCGGAACAUUUUGGCGAAAUGCUGACGAUCCGAAGGAUUCGCCGCUCAAGUGGCUGGAGGCGGACAUGCAGGAGUUCGGCGAGCGGAUUGCUGAGCUGGCCAAGGUCAGGAAGGUCAUGUACUUCCUGUUUGCUUUCAAGGAAGCUGCGGAGGCCGCAAAUGUCAGCUGCUCGGUAGAGUUCACACUAGAAAAAUGACUCUUCACUAUCUCUCAGUAGAGUCCUUUUAGAGAAGCACCACAAUAUUUUGUUCAGUCUUUGACCUUUAAAAUACAUCACAGUAGAGCUGAAAGAUACUUUAAAUCUCUUCAAAUAAAAAAAAUACAUUGUCUUAAAUAUUCUCACAAAAA